UGGGAGUGUACGGAGCUUAAAUACCCUAACAGCCCCAAUAGAUUCUUCAAAUUGCCCAAAAAUCCCUUCUCCCCUUAAAUCCUUCUCUCCUAUCUACUACUGCUCCAGAGAACAGUGUAAUGGAAGCCAUCGCACUGAAAUCUCCUCAAUUCGCAUUGAACAGCAGAAAUUACUUCUGGGGAUCAGAUAAUGGACGCAGAUGCCCUUAUUUUUCGUCAUCAUUUUCUUGCUUGUUACCAUUCUUUUCACAGAAAUUGAGGUUCAGGAACAAUUCAGUUGUAGUGACUGCUGCCAAGAAAGAAGAUAAGAACAACAGUAAAAAGAAAAAAGGAGACAGCCAUAACUUCGUUCCCAAGCCUGAUGAAGCCACGGGCCCUUUUCCUGAAGCCGUGCUUCUCAAAGAGAGGAAGGUUGAGGAAGAUGGUAGGCUUAUGCCAGCCUUUGCAGAUGCAGAAGAACGCGAACUCUUUGAGGCUUUGAAUCUGCAGCUUGAAAGUGAUAUGGAUUUUGAUCGAAUGCGACACUAUGAAGUGGUAUAUUUAAUUCAUGAGGAUUACAAGGAGGAGGUUGAGAAAGUCAACAACAAAGUUCAAGAUUUCUUGAGGGAAAAGAAGGGCAAGAUAUGGAGAUUCAGCGACUGGGGUAUACGUAGGCUAGCGUACAAGAUACAGAAGGCAAAGAGUGCUCACUAUAUCCUAAUGAACUUUGAGCUGGAAGCCAAAUGGAUUAACGACUUCAAGAGCAUUCUAGACAGAGACGAGAGGGUCAUACGACACCUUGUAAUGAAGCGGGACAAGGCAGAGACUGAAGAUUGUCCUCCACCUCCUGAGUUCCACACGUUACGUGCUGAUAUGGAUGAUGAUGGCAAGGAGGAGGAUAUAGAUUAUGAUGAGUAUGAUGAUGAAGAAUGGGAUGAUGAGGGUGAUGCAUACGAGGAUGAUGGAGGUAUUAUCUAUGUUGAUGAUGAUGCAGGUGAUUUAGAGAUGAGUGAUAAUCUUGGAAGAAAUAAGCAAAAAGCUGAGAAAGUAGGACGAUAGUUUCUUGUACGCAUGUUAGUGAAACUUUUAAUGUAUGGUUCGGCUUGUAACAUCCAGUUGUUCCUGCGAUAGAUAGCUGGUUAUAGGAAAACAGUUUCUUUUUAUGUUGAGUUCUCCUCAAGUAAUUACAAAGGAAUUAGAUCUCA